AGGUCCAUCAACGAGCACCCCUUCAUGCGAAGUUCAUUAAGCUUCGAGUACCAUUCAAUCUCCACAUCAAAAACAAAGACUUCGACUGAAGACUCUUCUAGAUUCUGAUGGUGUGCAUAUUUCUUCCGUACAGAUCUUGAUGAUCCGUCAUUUCGAAUGCUGAUUGGACACUCGUUCUCAUCAGCGUUUGCAGUGCUGUGGAGUCUAGGCCCCGAAUAAAAUUUGCUGAUGACCUUACCGACGACCGCACACACCUCUCCUCGAACUUGGGAUUUCUGCCGAUUCGGAUAGAACUACAAUACUCUACACAUGCCGUUCCCAAAAAAACUCCACGCCGCCGUCGUAUUGUCCCUGCUUGGUCCUCGGAGUCUGCAAAUGGGCUACCGGUUAGCGGUACUAAUCCCGAGGAAGUGCAGCAACGCUAAUGCCAGAGCACGGAGACCGACCAAAGGCAUAGGCCGUGGCGUUUACAAUUCCCUCUUGGUCCAAGUAGGAGGCAGAUCGGUCCGCUCGCUCGGAGUCACCGCUGCUUAAAACAUCAGGUUAGUGCGUCUAUCAAGGGGAAAAUCUGAAACUCGCAAGGGGGUUGCUGUUUCAGCAGAUGAAUGAUCAAGAGUUGCUGCAAGGCUGCUACUUGCGCAACGGAAUAUUCAUGUGUUCUCCAGGCUGCGGGCCUUUUGAACCUCCCAUUUUUGGACACGACAAUCGGUUGUGGAACUUAGAAGCAUUCGGCAAUGACUUGCUUUCCUGUCCAGCACCGUGACACCCGCGGCCUGACGCGACUAUCACGUGACCGCGAUUGUCGUAUUCACUACCGAGCUUAUGCCCGAGAUCCUCGAGAUACUAUAGCCUUGUAUGCCUAAAUAUUCAAUCUUUCAUCCAACUUUCAUUCUAAUACUUUAGGCAAGCAAU